AUGAACCCGCUACACAUUGAUAAAGGCGAGCUCAAGACUUUUGAUAUUGUUAUUGCUAAUCCACCGUUCUCGCAGAAUUAUAGCAAGGAUGGGAUGAAGUUUAAAGAGCGCUUCAACUUCUGGAUGCCCGUUAAGAGCAAGGCGGAUUUUAUAUUUGUGCAGCACAUGGUCGCUUCGCUGAACAAUGCUGGGCGCAUGGCUGUGGUUAUGCCACAUGGGGUCUUGUUCCGCGGUGGUGAUGAGCGUAAUUUUAGAAAAUCACUUAUUGAUAAAGGCUAUUUAGAAGUAGUGAUUGGAUUACCUCCAGCUUUGUUUUAUGGCACCAGCAUUCCGGCCUCUGUGAUCGUAAUAAAUAAAAAGGAUGCCCAUCUUAGAGAUCAGGUGCUGUUCAUUAAUGCAGACCGUGAGUACAAAGAAGGCAAGGUGCAGAAUAAACUACGUGCCGAGGAUAUUGAGAAGAUAGCUUUUGCUUACCGGCAUAAAAAGGAGAUUCCGCAAUACAGUAAGCUGGUUACCAAAGAAGACCUUGCCGCUGAAGAAUACAAUUUGAACAUUCGCCGCUUUGUAGACAAUGCGCCGCCAGCGGAACCGCAAGAUGUACACGCGCAUCUGCACGGCGGUAUUCCGAUUGGUGAGGUGAAUAACCUGGAUAUACUUUUCGCCUCUUACCCCGGUCUUCGCGAGCGAUUGUUUGAUCCUUUGAAGGACGGGUACCUAAAAUUUGCUGCGGCCAUUGACCGUAAAGAGGAUAUCAAAAAGCUGCUAGAUGACAGCCCUGAAAUAAGAAACACGGUUAGCAACUAUCAUAAUGGCUUGCAGCAAUGGUGGAACGAGGUAGUAAAUGACUUUGAGCUAUUACCAACCGCAAAAAAUGUUUUUGAACUGUACCGUAAGUUCUCGGAAAGCUUUACAGAAGCGCUGAGUGUACUGCCAUUUGGAAAGGGAAAAGGCGGUACGGUACUAGAUAUUUACCAGAGCCGUGGUGCGCUGGCCGCUUACUGGAAUGAGUUGAAUAUAGACUUGAAAAGCGUUGCCGCCAGCGGUUGGAAUGCCGAGCUGAUACCAGAUGAUGAAAUAAUAGAAAGCCAGUUUCCCGAAGUAUUAAAGGAACUACGCGCCAACGAGGCAAGGCGUGAAGAACUGGAAGCUAUGUUUACCGAAGUGAAUGAACUGGAAGAAGAGGUAUGGCAGGAAGACGAGUAUGCAGUAUGGCCAGCCAAAGAAUUGAAAGCGCAUAAAGAAGCGCUAAAAGCCCUGAAAGGCGAACGAAAGGAAGCAGAUAAAGAAUAUAAGAACUUGCAAAAGCGUAUAAAAGCAGGGGCAGAUGAGCAAGAACUGAAAGCCACACAGCAUAAACUAAAAGCUGAGAUUGCGCAACUUGAUGAGCAGAUAAUGGCGGACGAAGCGCGCUUUGCAAAACACACUGGCUUAGAGGAGGAAUUGAAGCAAUGCAAGAAAAUUAUUAAGCAAAUAAAGGACAAGCAGCAGGCACUGGUGGACCAGGCCAGGAUAUUAAUUAGUGACGAGCAGGCCAAAGAUUUGAUCUUGGUAAGAUGGAAGCGCGUGCUGGACGAAACGAUUGGUGGCUACCUGCAAGCGCACCGCCGAAAGCUUUUGCUGGCUCUAGAGAAGCUGCAAACUAAAUACACCUUGCCGCUGCAUGUUAUCUUGGAAGAACGAGAUCAAGAAGCGGCUUCUUUGGAAAACUAUUUUGUAGAACUGGGAUAUGAAUAA